AUGACAGACAGAGCGGAUCAAAGCUUUGAUUUUCGAGCUCUUUAUUCACGGGUAUUCUAUAACACAACCAGUCACUAUAGCAGUGAUAUUGGACAAUACAGUAAUAAAAGUCAUGGACAUCAAAUUUGGGAUUACGAAGUGCUGCUUCGGGCAAACUAUAACGACAGCCUGAUUAGCAAUGGCACAAACGAAACUGGAAUCUGGGAUGCUGAGAUGCCAAACGUCGAUGAGUUUCGGCCAAUGUUCACUGCAAUUUAUAUUAUAGUAUUUCUGUGCUCACUUUUUGGGAACCUUAUUGUGCUCAUAGUAAUCGCUCGGAACUACAAAGCUAGGGCUGUAGCGAAUCUAUUCCUGGCCAACUUGGCUGUUGCCGACUUGUUCCAAAGCAUUGGGUGCAUCAUCCCUACCCUUGUCGUGUAUGUCGUAGCAAACUAUUGGGUGUUUGGAGAGGUGUUGUGUCGAUGUCUGUCUUUCCUGCAGUUGUUUGGUCAUACAAGCUCAAUCAGCCUACUCACCGGCAUAUCAAUCGAACGAUACUACGUCAUCGUUUACCCGAUCAGAAGUCGAUUUUUCAACAAACGCCGUAUAAAGGUCAUACUCGUUAUCAUCUGGAUCUUAUCUUGUGCCUACAGUUUACCCUGGAUCUUUUUCUCCGAGUUUACCCUCAGUCCGGAUGGGAAGUCAUAUUGCAUCUACGCACAGGGAACAUACAAGCUGAUCAAAAUAUACGAUACGGUUACAUUUGUAAUAUUUUACUGUUUACCCCUUAUGGUACUUGCAUUCAUGUAUCCAUGCAUGGCUAGAAAACUCUACAGCCAUCCUACUCUACAAGCAGAUUCGAAUGGCGAAGAUACUAGAUCAAGUAUUCUUAAUACAGUUCUCCGAUGCUGUGGCCGACGAAUGUCUUCAUCCGAGAAAAAAUGGACAAUUACGAUGCCAUGUAGACGCUCUACGGCCACAUCAACGUCCUUCAGCUCAUUAGAAGCCAGGUUAUCUGUAGAACAAAUGGAUUCGGCAAUGACGAUACCACGCUCGGUGACUGCAUCAACAAUGUGCAACACAGCGGAUUCAAGACUCCCAGAGGCCUUAGAUGAAUCUGGUUUACUGCCUACAGAUUCCAAGUCCCAGCAACCCCAAACAGACGACAGGAGUACAAUUCCCAUGAAGAACAGAGUCGAAAGGAAUCCGAGAAAGAAUGAGAAGUCCACUUUGAGGACUGAUGUUGAACAAGAUACGAGUUUUUCCACUCCUAAGCUUGACAUAGUUCACAGCAAAAGUCGGGAUACAGACAGAUGCACUGCGUUGGCAAGACGAGGAUCAUUGACACACCAUAGCGAUGCGAUCCGACCUACUGAGCUAAAUUUUGAUCGUACCUCGCAAAAUACCUGUCACCACCACGAACUACCAGAUACUAUAGCUGUGCACCCGCCAGUCGCAACCAAAAAGUCCGUUUCAAGCCAGGAUUCGAACUCCUCGUUAUUAAGUAGAAAAUCGAUGCGAAAAGGGAUGCGUGUCGGAAAGGGAAUGGACACCCCUUUGUUGACUCCGCAAUCUGCCCAGGCAACGCAUAUUCAACCGGAUAAUCAUGCUGGGCGCAAAGGAGACUCCACGAUACACGGUCGUAUUUUGAAGAUGAAAAGAAAGGUGAUUCGUCUCCUCAUGGCGAUUGUAG